AUGUCAGGCAAGUGUAAGAAUCUUCUAGAAGGUUCUCCAGAGUUUCACGCUAGGGGUAUACAAGGCGCAGUCGUCGCGUCCAGCUACCAGUACAAGCUAAAAUGGACCAAGGUCGAAAUUGGUACGUUCGUGUACUACCAGCCGCGGCUGGGCAACGACACGGGCACCGCGAUCGCCAACAUCUGCAGAGCGUGCAAGGAGGACGCAGUGUCCCAACGCACAGUCAGGCGUUGGUUCAAUCGUUUCGAGAGCGGCGACACGAGCCGACCUGCUCCCGCUGAAGAUCAUGCUCUGCUGCUGGUGGACCGCCAAGAACUGCUGUACUUCGAGCUGCUCCCGCAAGGCAGGACGGUCACCGCCUCCAUCUACACCGAUCAGCUCGAGAAACUAGCUGCCGCCAUCCGAGAAAAGCGUCCCCAACGUGCCUCGGUCCAUCUUCAGCGCGACAACGCACGACCCCACGUGGGGAAGGAGACCCAGCAGAAGUUAGCGACGCUCGGCUGGGAGACGGUUUCCCAUCCGCCGUAUUCCUCGGACCUCGCUCCCUCCGACUACCACAUGUUCCGUCCGCUCGAGCACCGUUUGGCCGGGAAAAAAAAUUCACCAACUACGACGAACUAA